AUGUCCCAUCACACCAAAAAUAAUAAGAAAGAGCAUGGUACCGAUGCUCAAUCAUCCCAUAUGACUCGCACACUGAUCAAGCAUGUUCUUUUCGAUAGAAUACUCCCGAUCUUACCGGUCGAGUCCAAUCUCAGUACUUAUCUGGAAGUGGAGGCAUACGCUCCAUUCAUAUCAUGCAGAUCUUUACUCAUUAAUGUCGCCGUUUUUAGAGACCUUAACGCUAUCGUGGGUUAUUCUUUGGAAUUGAUUGAGUUGCUCCUCCAGGGCCAUGAUAUCAUUUCGGAUGAGAACAACGACGACGUUAUCGAGUCGAUAUUGGUCACUCUGCGGCUAUUAAGUGAUGUGCUGGAAUAUAACUGGCAAAAACUGGAAAGUCUCAACCAUAGUGACAUAUCAACUCACAUAGAACACGAGCAAGAACAGAAGCCAAAGCUCCCCGGUAUUUUUCCCGAGUUCUCUUCCACUCAUAAUAAUGACAAUAAACAUUUUUUCCAUCAGAUGAAACCAUACUCACUAAUACCUGAUUUGGCGUCGAAGUUGAUCGAGACUUGCUCGGCUUUGAAAUUCAACACGAGAACUCUGCAAAUUUUACAAAAUAUGAUUGACCAUGUGCACGGAAAUAUUUUGACGACAUUGAGUUCCACGAUUCUGCCCGGUCACAAAUCUUAUCUGGCAAAAAAUAACCACCCUUCCCAUUGUAAACUGAUCGAUUCCACCCUGGGUCACAUUCUCCGAUUUGUAGCAGCUUCCAAUCCAUCUGAAUAUUUCGAGUUUAUCAAAAAAAGUGUACAAAUUCCUGUAACACAAGCCCAGGUGCACUCCCACAGUCACUCACAUUCAUUGUCGUCUUCCGUGUAUAACAACAUAGUGCCUCACUUGGAUCUUUUCAGUUUCAUCUAUCUAACCAAGCAUAACUUCAGAAGGUAUUUGGAAAUCGUAAAAAACUUAUCCAUGCCACUAAAGAGAACGAUAUACCAUUGUCUUCUUUUACAUUUCACCGCAAAGGCAAUAAUGUUCUGGAUAAUGGCCAGACCCGCAGAGUACUAUGAACUUUUUAACUUAUUGAGAGAUCAUAAUGAUGAAUCUGCAAAAUCCAUAAACUUGCUAAUUCAUACUCUUUUUGAGGAGAUCCACUCAACUUUCAACGUGAACAGUAUGAUAACCGCCACCCAAAACAACCACCCGGGUUCAUCGUCUUCUUCGCCAUCUUCGCCGUCGUCGCCACCUAGCUCAUCAUCAUCAGAUAAUAACCAAAGUGUGAUAGCUAAAUCUUUAAGCCGCCAGCUUUCUCACCAUCAGUCUUGUAUCCAGCAACAACCCGAGAGAAAAGUCCAUUCAUCGUGGACCACAAAUUCUCAAUCCUCUACGUCAUUGUCGUCGUCAGCCUCUUCAUCUACAACAACAUCAUUAUCCGCUCACGCACAAUCAGGUGAAUAUGAUCCAUCUUUCGCAGAUACACCAACGAUGUCCAAUGUUACCAUCAGUGCCUCCUCCUUGCUCUCUCAGACACCUACGCCAACAACACAAUUACAACAACGAUUAAACGCAGCGGCGGCAGCGGCAGCGGCAGCGGCUGCAUCAUCGUCAUCAUCAUCGAAUUCAACCCAAACUGCAUACACGGAACAACAGCAAAGUCGAGCCGCAUAUGACUCGCCCAAAGUUGGCCACACUGGUAAGGAUUAUGAUGAGAAUUUCUUAUCCGUGACUCGUUUGAAUAAUGUUCUGGAACUGUACACGCAUUUCGAUGACACUGAAGUACUGCCACAUACAUCAGUUCUAAAAUUUUUGACCACUUUGACAAUGUUUGAUAUCGAUCUAUUCAAUGAGCUGAACGCACUGUCAUUUAAAUAUAUCCCUGAUUGUAUAUCGCAUCGCCCAAGGGAAAGAGCAAGCUCAUUUAAUAGCGCCGCGUUACAUGAAGUUGGUUCAGAAAGAACCUUAGGUAUAAAACACAUCACACAGGGUUUGAAAAAAUUGACUUCGUUACCUACGUCAACGAAAAAAACUGUGAAAUUUAUAAAAAUGUUACUAAAGAACUUAAACGGGACACAGGCCGUAUCGGAUGUUGCUCUUCUAGACACAAUGAGGGCUUUGCUAUCAUUCUUAACAAUGACCUCCGCAGUCUUCCUCGUGGAUAAAAAUCUUCCUUCAGUACUUUUUGCCAAGAGACUUAUCCCCAUAAUAGGGACGAAUUUGAGCGUUGGCCAAGAUUGGAGUUCUAAAAUGAAUUACAAUUUAAUGGGUUGUUUGAAAAAGAAUUCCAACGCGUUCAUUCAAUUACAAUUAAUAUUCUUCUCUUCUGCAAUCCAAUUCGAUCAUGAAUUAUUACUGGCACGUUUAAGCAUUGAUACCAUGGCCAACAAUCUAAACUUGCAAAAACUAUGUCUUUAUACUGAAGGAUUCAGGAUAUACUUCGACAUACCAAGUAAGAGAGAACUGCGUAAAUCUAUUGCAAUAAAAAUCUCCAAAUUUUUCAAGACUUUAUUUUCCAUUAUAGCAGACAUUCUCUUACAAGAAUUUCCAUAUUUUGACGAGCAAAUCACCGACAUAGUCGCAUCUAUCCUUGAUGGUACAAUUAUCAAUGAAUACGGUACAAAGAAACAUUUUAAGGGAAGCUCACCCUCUCUAUGUCCGACAACUAGAUCAAGGUCAGCAUCCACAUCCCAGAGUUCUAUGACCCCUGUUUCUCCAUUGGGAUCAGAAGCAGACACGUAUCCAAUGAACACUUUAUCUUUAGUCGGUUCAAGCACUUCAAGGAAUUCUGACAAUGUAACCCCUUUGAACAGUUCUCCUAAGCAUUUAUCUACUGAUCCGUAUCUGUCACAUCUUGUAGCGCCAAGAGCACGUCAUGCGUUAGGAGGUCCAUCUAGUAUUUUGAGGAACAAGGUGCCCACUACUUUGACAUCGCCUCCAGAUACAGAAAAAUCAUCACCUGUACAACGUCCGCAAACUGAAAGUAUCAGUGCUACCGCCAUGGCAAUAACAAAUUCUACUCCAUUAUCAUCUGCUGCCUUUGGUAUUAGAUCUCCUCUACAAAAAAUAAGGACAAGACGGUAUUCCGAUGAAAGUUUGGGGAAAUUCAUGAAAUCGACAAAUAACUAUAUUCAAGAACACUUGGUACCAAAGGAUUUGGAUGAGGCUGCUCUCCAAGACGCUAGAAGGAUAAUGAUUAAUAUAUUCAGUAUAUUCAAGAGACCUAAUAGCUACUUCAUCAUUCCACAUAACGUAAAUUCCAAUUUACAGUGGGUUUCCCAAGAUUUCAGAAAUAUAAUGAAGCCGAUCUUUGUUGCGAUUGUAAGUGCUGAUCUAGCUUUACAGAAAACGGCCCAAUCAUUUAUGGAUACGCUGCUAUCCAAUAUCAUCAAUUAUAGCGAGUCAGAUGAAACCAUUAGUAUUGAAGGUUAUCACCUCCUUUGCAGUUAUACUGUAACUUUAUUUGCCAUGGGUCUUUUUGAUUUGAAAAUCAAGAAUGAAAAACGUCAAAUUCUUUUAGAUAUAACAAUUAAAUUUCUAAAGGUUAGGUCUCACUUGGCUGAAAUUGCUGAAACUUCGCACCAUAUGGAAUACAUAAAUGAUGCUGAAAAACUUACUUUCCCACUGAUAAUGGGAACCGUUGGUAGAGCUUUAUUCGUUUCAUUAUAUUCUAGUCAACAAGAAAUCGAAAAAACUUUAAAAGUGGCAUACUCACAGUACCUUUCGGCUAUCAAUUUUCAUGAAAGAAAUAUCGAUGAUUCUGAUAAGACCUGGGUUCAUAACAUUGAGUUUGUAGAAGCGAUGUGUCAUGAUAAUUACACCACCUCGGGUUCCAUAGCGUUUCAAAGAAGAACUAGAAAUAACAUUUUACGAUUUGCUACUAUUCCUAAUGCAAUAUUACUUGACUCUAUGAGAAUGAUAUACAAGAAGUGGCAUUGUUACACGCAUACUAAAAACUUAGAUAAACAGGAAUUGAAUGAUUUCAGAAAUUUCGCAGGUAUUUUAGCCUCUUUGUCUGGUGUCUUAUUCAUUAACAGAAAAAUGCUAGAGGACACAUACCCUUAUCUCCUCGACACUGUUUCUGAAUUAAAAAAGAACAUUAGCUUUUUCAUUUCAAAACAAUGCCAAUGGCUGAGUUAUCCUGAUUUAUUAACGAGAGAAAACUCAAGGGACAUUUUGAGUGUAGAACUACAUCCUUUGUCGUUUAAAUUACUUUUCAGUAGUUUGAGACUCAAAAUGAAAGAAUUGGCUUGUUCAGACUUAUCAAUACCAGAAAACGAAACUUCUUACAUCUUAUUGGAACAAAUCAUCAAGAUGCUACGGACAAUAUUAAGUCGGGAAGAUGAUAAUUCUGUUAUGUUGCUUUUCUCCACAGAGAUAGUAGACUUAAUUGACUCAUUAACAGAAGAAAUCAAAAAGAUGCCAGCGUACUGCCCAAAACAUUUUAAGGCAAUCAUUCAAAUGACCAAGAUGUUCAGUGCUUUGCAACAUUCAGAGGUUAAUUUGGGUGUUAAGAAUCACUUUCACCUAAAAAAUAAAUGGUUAAGACAAGUGACCGAUUGGUUUCAAGUCAGUAUUUCAAGAGAAUAUGAUUUUGAAAAUUUGUCAAAACCACUCAAAGAAAUGGAUUUGAUGAAAAGAGACAUGGACAUCUUAUACAUCGAUACUGCAAUUGAGGCCUCAACAGCAAUCUCAUUUUUAACUAGGCACACUUUUCUGGAAAUUCCACCUGCAGCCUCAGAUCCUGAAUUAUCUCGUUCCAGGUCUGUGAUAUUUGGAUACUAUUUUAAUAUUUUGAUGAAAGGCCUCGAAAAAAGUAACGACCGCGAUAAAUUCCCAGUGUUUUUGAAGCACAAAAUGAGUGUCCUCAAUGAUAACGUCAUUCUUUCGUUAACAAAUCUUUCCAAUACCAAUGUUGAUGCAAGUCUGCAAUUCACCUUACCAAUGGGCUAUUCUGGAAAUCGAAACAUCAGGAACGCAUUUUUAGAGGUAUUCAUCAAUAUCGUUACGAACUAUCGUACCUACACAGCUAAAUCCGAUCUUGGGAAGUUGGAAGCUGCAGACAAAUAUUUACGGUUUACAAUCGAACAUCCUCAGUUGUCAUCUUACGCGGCAGCAGUUUGUCCUGCCAGUGAUAUCGAUGCUUAUGCUGCUGGUUUAAUAAAUGCAUUUGAAACAAGGAAUGCUACUCAUAUCGCAGUAUCACAGUUGAUCGAGAAUGAAAUCGAAAAAUCUUCAAGACCCACCGAUAUACUUAGAAGAAAUAGUUGCGCUACUAGGUCCUUAUCUAUGUUAGCAAGGUCCAAAGGUAGUGAAUAUUUGAUUCGUACCCUGCAACCACUGCUAAAAAAAAUCAUUGAUAACAAGGUGUUUUUUGAAAUCGAGAAAUUGAAACCGGAAGAUGCAGACGCCGAAAAACAAGUACAAUUGUUCAUCAAAUAUAUGAAUGAAUUGUUAGAGGCCAUAUCCAACUCAGUCUCGUACUUCCCACCUCCUUUGUUCUAUAUUUGUCAAAAUAUAUUCAAAGUUGCGCGUGUAAAAUUUCCAGACCAUGCUCUCAUUGCUGCCGGGUCCUUCGUAUUUCUAAGGUUCUUUUGUCCUGCAUUAGUCAGUCCUGAUUCUGAAAAUAUCAUCGACAUAUCUCAUCCAAGUGAAAAGCGUACAUUUAUCAGCUUAGCCAAAGUUAUCCAGAAUAUUGCUAAUGGCUCAGAAAACUUUUCAAGAUGGCCAGUUUUGAGUACCCAGAACGACUUUCUGAAGGAAUGUAGCGAUAGGAUUUUCAAAUUCCUCGCUGAACUUUGUAGAGCGGACCGUAUCAUAGACAUCCAAGUCAGGACAGAUCCUACACCAAUACCCUUUGAUUACCAAUUUCUUCACUCCUUUAUAUAUCUCUACGGACUUGAUAUUAGAAAAAAUGUUCUCAAUGAAGCAAAACGUGAUGAUGGUGACAUUGACGAUGAUGAGUUCUAUAAGUCAACAUUUUUACUCAUCGAUGAUGUCCUCGGCCAACUAGGUCAACCUAAAAUGGAGUUUUCAAAUGAAAUACCAAUAUAUAUUAGAGACCACAUGGACGACUACCCGGAACUUUAUGAGUUUAUGAAUAGACAUGCAUUCAGAAACCUGGAAACCCCAACAACGUCCAAUCCAAACGUCCACGAAUCUACGUCAAGCGAAGGUGUUCCAAUCAUUACUUUAACAAUGUCAAAUUUCUCAAACAAACAUGUGGACAUUGACACAGUUGUUUAUAAAUUCCUACAAAUUUAUGCUCGAAUCUGGACCACUAAACAUUGCCUAAUUAUUGAUUGUACUGAAUUCGAUGAAGACGGACUUGACAUGAGAAAAUUUAUCUCCCUGGUUAUGGGAUUAUUGCCAGAAGUAGCACCAAAGAAUUGUUUGGGGUGCUACUAUUUUAACGUGAAUGAAAUGUUUAUGAGCAACUACGGGAGAUGUCUAGACAAGGAGAAUGUUUUCGUCUCUUCAAAAAUUCCCCAUUUUUUCAUCAAUAGCAAUUCUGAUGAAGAUCUCAUGAAAUCGUUAGGCAUAACUGGUCAGGGAUUAAAAGUUCUGCAAGACAUUCGUGUCUCUUUACAUGAUAUUACUCUCUACGACGAGAAAAGGAAUAGGUUUACCCCAGUUUCACUGAAGAUAGGUGAUAUUUACUUCCAAGUUCUUCAUGAAACCCCAAGGCAAUAUAAAAUAAGAGAUAUGGAUACAUUAUUUGAUGUCAAAUUCAAUGACGUCUACGAAAUUAGCCGGAUAUUUGAAGUACACGUUUCUUCAGUAACUGGUGUUGCUGCUGAAUUUACAGUGACUUUCCAAGAUGGAAAAAGAUUGAUUUUUAGUAGUCCCAAGUAUCUCGAGAUUGUUAAAAUGUUCUACUAUGCACAGAUUCGAUUAGAAAAUGAAUAUGAAAUGGACAACAAUUCAAGCGCUUCUUCCUCAAAAUCCAGUGCUAAGGAUAAAGAACAAAAGGAAAGGAAUAAAUUAUUGUGCCACUUACUAUUAGUAUCGCUCAUUGGCCUGUUCGAUGAAAAUAAAAAGAUGAAAAACAGUUCGUAUAACUUGGUAGCUGCUACUGAAAUAUCAUUCGGUUUGAACUUCGGUUCUCACUUUCAUCGUUCGCCUGAAGUGUAUGUUCCUGAGGAAACCACUACGUUUCUAUCGGUAAUCGGGAAGUCACUUGCAGAAUCUAAUCCCGAACUUACAACAUAUAUGUUCAUCUAUAUUUUGGAAGCUUUAAAAAACAACGUUAUCCCCCAUGUUUAUAUCCCUCACACAGUUUGUGGGCUAUCUUAUUGGGUUCCUAACCUAUACCAGUAUGUGUAUUUGGCUGAUGAUGAAGAAGGUCCUGAAAACAUAUCGCACAUUUUCCGUGUGCUGAUUAGACUGUCUGUGAAGGAGACUGAUUUCAAGGCUGUGUACAUGCAAUACAUUUGGCUGCUUCUUUUAGACGAUGGCCGCUUGACUAGCAUUAUCGUCGAAGAAGUUAUUAAUCAUGCCUUAGAGAGAGAUUCCGAAAACCGUGACUGGAAAAAAACAAUAUCGUUAUUAACAGUACUACCAACUACCGAGGUAGCCAACAAUAUUAUUCAAAAAAUAAUGGCGAAAAUUAGAUCUUUUCUGCCAUCAUUGAAACAAGAAGCUAUGACCCAAAGUUGGUCUGAGUUAACGAUAUUGGUCAAAAUAAGUAUCCAUGUCUUUUUUGAAACUUCCUUAUUGGUACAAAUGUAUUUGCCGGAAAUCCUAUUCAUCGUAUCUUUAUUAAUCGACGUUGGCCCAAGGGAACUCAGGUCAUCACUGCACCAACUACUGAUGAACGUAUGCCAUUCCUUGGCCAUCAACUCAGCACUACCACAAGAUCACAGAGACAAUCUAGAUGAGAUAAGUGACAUAUUUGCCCAUCAGAAGGUAAAAUUCAUGUUUGGAUUUAGCGAAGACAAAGGAAGAAUUCUACAAAUAUUCAGUGCAACUUCAUUUGCAAGCAAAUUCAAUAUUUUGGAUUUCUUUAUUAACAAUAUACUAUUGCUGAUGGAAUAUUCCUCAACUUACGAGGCAAGCGUAUGGAAGACAAGAUACAAGAAGUAUAUUUUGGAAUCUGUAUUCACUAGCAACUCCUUUCUUUCAGCACGUUCAAUCAUGAUAGUUGGUAUAAUGGGGAAGUCUUACAUAACCGAAUCAUUAUGCAAGGCUAUGAUUAUUGAAACUAUGAAAGUUGUUGCUGAGCCAAGAGUUACCGACGAACAGGUCUUUUUGGUCAUAUCUCAUAUCUUUACUUAUUCCAAGAUUGUUGAAGGUUUGGAUCCAAACCUAGACUUAAUGAAGCACUUGUUUUGGUUUUCAACUGUUUGCCUCGAAUCAAAACACCCUAUAAUUUUUGAAGGUGCUCUUUUGUUUGUGUCAAGCUGUAUGAGACGCUUAUAUAUGUCCCAGUUUGAAAAUGAAAGCGAAACAUCAUUAAGCACAACUUUACUAAAAGAAAGAAAAUUCGCCUCCACCUUACUAUGCGAAAUAGAGAGCAUUAAUGGUAUCGUUUGGAAUGGAGAUAAUUUUACACACAUUAUAGUUUCCAUUGUUAAUAGAGGGCUCUGUAACCCAUUCAUCAGGAAUACGGCAUUAGAUUUUUUAAAAAUGGUGUUUAAAAAUUCCUAUUUUGAGCACCAGAUUGACAGAACCUCUGAUCAUUAUUUGUGCUACAUGUUUUUGUUGUAUUUACUUCUGAGCUCUACUCAAUUUGAGGAAGUUCUAGGUGAUGUUGAUUUCGAAGGCGAAACAAUCUCCAUUGAAAACGAAAAUACUAUUCCAAAGGUUUUAUUAGAAUGGUUGAGUUCUGACAAAGAGGAUUCCAAUAUUUCACUCUACCAAGGUGCGGUGUUAUUCAGAAGUUCUGUUAUAGAUGAACCAAGCAAGUUCAGAUUUGGGUUGAUUGUUAGGCAUUUACUUAAUGUAAAGCCGAUUUGUGCAUUCAGGUUCUACAACGUUAUUCGUAACGAGAUAAGAAAAAUCUCAGCAUUUGAGCAAACAUCGGAUUGUGUUCCUUUGGCGUUUGACAUUUUGAAUUUAUUGGUGACACAUUCAGAAUCUUAUUCAUUGGAUAAACUUAACGACAAGUCCAUUGAACUUUUGACUAAAAGAGGUCUCCUGAUAACAACUAAGAUCGACAAAUUUGCAAAGAAUUCCGAUAUGAUGUUACUGAUACAUUUAGAACCCCAUAUUCUUUAUGAACGUAAAAGAAUACUAACAAUGAUUUUAUCGAGAAUGGCAUGCUCUACUUAG